AUGCCGCCCGGCACGGAAAACCGUCUGGAUAUGAGAAUAGGCUGUUACAUCCUAUUCGGAAUUGCCACACUCGCUGUACUGCUGAGGUUCUACUUCCGUUUCAUUCAGCUCCGGGACAUCGGUCUGGACGACUGCUUCGUCCUAGCGGCGUGGAUAUCGCAAGCCGUGGUCAUCGUCUCCGUCAAGCUGCAGUUCGAUUCGGGCAUCGGUUGGCAUGCCGCUGACCUGAUGGCACUGCCGGAUGGCGUCGAGAUACUGACGAGACAAGUCCAGUGGCCCUGGGUUGCGCAAUUUCUGUACUUCUUUCAGCUGGGCUGCAUCAAAGCAAGCAUCGUGUCGCUCUACCUCCGUCUCGCCAUCUCACCCGCGCAGAGACGAAUCCUCUGGGUGUCUCUGGUCGUCGUCUUUGGCCAAGGGCUCUCGUCCGCCGCGGUCGUCGCCGGCUUCCUCUGCACCCCGAUCAAUAUCGUGUGGACGAACACGCACGGCGGCUUCGGCGGCCCGGCCUGCAUCAACAUCCUGGCCUUCAAAUACUGGAAUGCGGCCUUCUUCAUCGUCACCGACAUCCUGCUGGCGCUGACCCCGAUCCCCGUGCUCCGGAACCUGCAGAUGAACCAUAGGAGGAAAAUUGCUCUGGGCAUCAUGUUUGGCCUCGGUCUCCUCACUAUUGGCGGCACCAUCGAACGGCAGGUGACCAAUGCCAUCGCCAUCGCCAUCAACAACAUAACUGACUUCACCUGGUACUGGGCCCCAGCUGAGCUCUGCUCCGUCCUCGAGUCCAGUUUGGGCAUCGUCUUCAUCUGCGUGCCGGCCCUGGCGCCGCUGCUCGCCGGCUUCCUCGACAAGAAGACCACGAGCCAGAAGUACGACUCCAAGCUGCCAGGAACGUUUGGAAAGCUGGGCGGACGGCCGCGGCUCCGGCUGGAUGACGGGACUUUGCUGGACAGGACACAGACUACGGUCCGUGACGGUAAGCAGAAGGACCCGUGUGAGUACGAGCUCGAGGGGAUGGGGAGUGAACAGGAGAUGGUGGAAGGGGUGCGAGGUCGCUUGGGAGGAGUAUGUCCAGGCGGAUCGGAUGGUGGCACGAGGAACAGAGCAUCUGGGGCGUAA